UAGUAUGACGAUACACAAACAGGUUCGCCCUAGCUACACACAGAGAAGCGUGGAUAGAAGCUGAAAGGAGAGCGUGACGUCGAUUUGUUUUCUGCGUGUUUACGAAGGACAGAUUCGUCCUGAAUGGAAGACACUAAGGACAAUGCGGAGACUGCAGCUGUAAUGGACCCCGGCACAUGGUUGCGUAAUGGGGAGAAAGCAGCAGAAACUAGGAGCCUUAAUGGACAAGAGAGAGGCCAGAUGCUGAUCCAGGCUGCCGAGGAGGGAGUAGUGGAAGAGAUCCAGACGCAUCUGGAGGCAGGCGCGGACGUGAGAGCAAGGGACAGCGACAGGAAGACAGCUCUGCACUGGGCGGGUGCCAGGGGUCACGUGGAGGCAGUGAGGUGUCUACUGGAGGCAGGAGCUGAUGUGGACGCCAGGGACAGGGAACUGAACACCCCGUUGCACUACGCCGCAUUAAGUGGCAAUGUGCCUAUGGUUCGGCUGCUGACGGCGUCCUCCGCCGACCCCAAUGCUACGGAUGUCAGCGGGAUGACGCCACUGCACGUCGCUGCAGAUGAAGGCAACACAGAGGUGGCAGCAGUACUGCUGGCCGCGGGGGCCGACAGGGGGGCCAAGGAUGAGGAUGGGGACACCCCCCUGGACCUUGCCCUGCAGAACAGGCAGCAGCUUAUAGAGAAGUUGAGCUAGCAGUCCGAACGUCGGUGCGAGGAGACUGAAAAACAUGUAAAUGCACAUGUGAUAUUCUGUAAAUAAAAACUGCAAAAAUUAAUUCUGAAUUCAUUUGCAUCCACCUUUCUCUAGUGUAUAUACAGGUUUGGACAGAAAUGUGGAAAACCUGAGAAAUGAAUUCUGAAAAAUAAACACAUGUUA